AGAUAACAUGCCAUACUUUGUCUAGUUGAUUUACAGCUAUCAAGGUAUGCAAGUCAUAUUUAUUUCAAUCCUGAUAGCAGUUUGGUUUUCAGGUGUAGCAAACGGCCAAAACACAACGAGCACAUGUUUGCUUUGUGAUCGAGUUAACACAACGGAUGAGUGCACGGGACCUGUGAGCUGUGCGGUGGAUGAGAUAUGCUAUAUGGACGAGAUUAUAACGAAUGAGCUGACAGUAGUCUACAAUGGAGGAUGUCGAAGCGCUGUUGUAUGUUACAACGGCUCUGGUGGGCAGAAUUUAAAUUUAAAGGCCGGCGACCUUAUCGCAUGCUCAAGAUGUUGUGAUCUAGACAUAAUACAUGGUGUGAAUUGUAACGCAAGACUGUGUGGAAUUAAAUCCCCUCUCCCGACAACGACAGUGUCACCAAGCAGACUCACGUGCACGCAUUGCCACAGAGUUUCAAGUCUAGAAGAAUGCACGGGUUCCAUAGCAUGUGGUCCUGAUGAGGAGUGUUAUAUGGAUCAGUUAAUAACUGACCGACUGACUAUAGUUUACGAAGGCGGAUGUCGACGAAAAGAUGUUUGUCAGUCUAGCUCUAGCGUAUCGCAUUCCUUUGGUAAACGAAGUGACCUAGAUUCUGAAUUGGUAGCAUGCAGCCGAUGUUGUGACAUUCCAGCAUUGUCCGGGCAACUCAACUGCAACGAAAGACUUUGCGGCAUCAGAUUUUCUUGUGAGCUUAUCAGCAACUGCAUAAGAUGUUCAGGGAAUUACGGUGAACAUUGUGAUCAAUGUGCUCCUGGAUAUCAUCCAGUUGACGCAAACACUACCUGCCUAGAUACUUUAUCCAAUUAUGACGUUAUAUGCAUUCCAAAAGUGAAAGACCACUGUUACAUUAUUUUUAAAACAUUACUAUCAUGGGCUGAUGCUAAGGCAGUGUGUGAAAAACGGAAUGGACAACUGUUCGUACCACAAAGUAUGGGUGAAGAACUGUUUGUAGAGAAUUACCUGUCUGCGUUAAAGGAUAUCAUGCACUAUUCACACAGUGUCUUCUGGAUAGGAGGCAAGAGAGAGGCUGGCCAAGAAAGUUGGCAAUCCAAUAAAGACAGUAAUGUAGACAGACUGGUGUCAAGUCCUAACUUCAAUAUGAACAGUACAUCAUGUUUCGCCAUGGACGGACAGGCAAAUUUCAUGUGGAAUAACUUCCGCUGUGACACUCCGUCUUUCUUCAUUUGCAAAGAAAAGACACCAUUCCACCCUACUAGACAACCACCAGUGAUUGGAUAAAUGACUUGUCUUCCAUUCCAUAUGACUUUGCAUUAAAAAUAAAAUGUAUAUUCCAGUC